AUGUAUGUAUGUAUGUAUGUAUGUAUGUAUGUAUGUAUGUGUGUGUAUAUGUAUGCGUGUAUGUAUGCGUAUAUGAGUGGGUGUAUAUGUAUUUUAUACGAAUGGAUGUAUGUAUGUAUUUAUGUACGCAUGUAUGUACGUAUGUAUGUAUUUAUCUAUGUAUUUUUCUAUGUAUGUAUGUAUAUAUGUAUGUAUGUAUAUAUGUAUGUAUGUAUAUAUUGUUAUUAUUAUUAA